AUGAAAAAGAUAUAAAGGAAGUAAUGCAAUAGGAAAAUUUAAAAAAAAAAAAGAUUCAUUACUUUUUAAAAUAAAAAUUAUAAUAAGCUAAUUAAAAAAAAAUUCAUUUUUGCAUUAUAAUUAGAAAAAUUAAAAAAGAAUCCAAACUUAAAAAUAAAAGUAAAACUAUCCCAAAUGCAUUCUAGCUAAAACCAGCAAGAGUAAUAAUAUAGUAUUGAAAGCCCUUUGAGUACAAGUGUUUUAAGGAGAUAGAUUUUAGAAAUUUUCCCUAAUUACUUAGACCCAGUUUGUAAGGAUGAGCGUAUCAUUUAGUGCAAAAAAUCUAUUGAAGAGUUGAAAGCAUUAUUAGAAGACCAUGGAAGUAACAUAGAGGCGGUCAAUUUUGUGAAGUAAAAACUGAAAAUUGCUAUAUUCUAAACCCCUUAUCCAGAAUGUUUCACUCUGUUUGAAGCUUUCUAUAACGAGAGAUAUGCAGACGACUUGAAAGAAUAGUAAGUAUCAGAAUUCUAUUCGUUAAGUGAAAUACCUUCAAUUCAAAAUUUAGGAUAUGCUCUCUUUAAUAAUGAAAGAGAGUGUGAUAAAGAGGGUCAUGGAUAAGAGCUUCCUGAAGAAUAAAAAGAAGAUCUUAGCAACCUCAUCACAUGGCCUGUUAUAUAAAAUAAUGUUAGUAAUGAACAAUUAAGAUAGGUUUUAGCAGAAAUUUACAAUAAUAAUAGUGGUAGAAUCCCUCAUUUAGAGAGGCUUUUAUGCUGGUUUCCAGAUUAUUUAUACCACUACCACUAACUUACAUAGGAAUUAUUUUAUGGACCAGGACCUAUUCCAAUUGAUCAACGUUACUUCAUUGCAAUUCUAGCAUCUUCUAAUUUUGGUUGUGAAUACUUACAUUCAAGAUUGUCAUAAUAGUUCCUAAAUAUAGGUGGCAAUUUGAAAUGGUUAGAAGUAGGAUUAGAAUAGGUAGACGUACCGAAAUUAUAAGCAUUAGCUGCUUUUAAUUCAAAAUUAGCAUAUGCACCUAGUGAAGUGUGCAAAAACUCAAAAAUGAUAGAAGAGUUAAUGCAAAAAGGAUGGUAAAAAAAUGAGUUAAUGCAAGCAAUUUUUAUUAUAACUUUUUAUCAUGCUCUAGCGUGUGCAUGCUAAGCAUUUGGGCUGAAGAGUGAAUUGGAUUUGAGAAACUCACACUUUUCACUGCUUUCAAAGACUUAAACUCCUAUUGGUAGCAAUUUACAAUCACCUAAAAAUAGAAAUAGUGAAGAUAAGCUUAGUGCUAAGAAGCCAAAUUUUGACUUUGCAAAUUCCGAAAUAGAAAAUCUUUUAAAAAGAAUGACCAGUUCAGAUCAGGAUCAAGUUGGCAGUAACGAAGAAGAAUAAGUAUAAGAAAAGCCUCUUGAAAACAAGAAAAAAACUUCAAGUCAUACCUUGAAAGAAAAAGAUGAAGUUUCUUCACCUGUCAUAAAAGAAUAGUAAAAAGAUUAAGAAAAUGAAACUAAAUUUCUGCAAUUACGUCUUUUCGAAAAAUUUUAAAAAUUUAUUAUGAACCCAGAAUUAAGAGACAAGGAUGAAAGGAUCUCUUAAACAUUAAGAUAUUCAGACUUUAAUUACAAUACUCAUGGAUUUUAAAUAACUAAUUAAUAUGCACUAGACUUAGCAUAGAAUUCAAAAGAUAUAUUAGAUAUAAUCAAAAACAUGACAAAUAAAAAUUUUAACAGUUCUCAAAAUUUAAGCACUACUCCAUUUAGGAAAGCAAUUAAGUUGUAUAUUUAAAAUAUAUUUGGAUACACUCACUUUGAUGCUGAUUACAAAACAGAGAUGAAUGCUUUGUUACCUAUUCCUCUUAAAACUGUACUAAAAUUAACUGUUAAGAGACCAUUUGAAAUAAAAUAUAGCCAUAUUCAGAAUAUAAACCUCAAAUUAAUGUCUAGUGAGGUGGCACAUAUUAUACUUUUAGCUACACAUGCAAGAUUUGAAAUAGAACUCCUUUAUUUUUUAUAUCCCUUCCAAUCAUUUUGA